UGUACAAAAAGGCACAUGCCUUUAAUGUUUCAAACUGUGUCAUCAGACUCAAGCAAUGUUUUUCAUUGUGUCCAAGCACUAAAAUGGUUGAUUAAAGCCGCAUUAGGAGAACAAGCCACUCUUUCUGAUGCUAUGGAAACAGUCAACCAGGCCAGUAAAAUACCUUCGACCAUUGUCCUCAAUCCAUUGCAUGCAGAUUAUUUUCGCCAGGCAUGUCCAUUCUUAGAGGUAGACGAGCCAAAACAGUUUACUCUGCACCCGGUAAACUCUCCAGCUGUAUUGUUGUUUUGGCGAUGCAUUAUGGUGCUAUUGGACAAAUGUACAGAAUUCCAACAAAAGGAGUUUGUCCGUUUUAAAUCAAAUCCUCUUAUUCACUCUACCUUUCCUCCUAAAAAUCCAUCACUAGUUUUACAUGGCUCUGACUUAGAAUUGCCAUCAAAUCUGGCAGAGUGUAAUUUGCCAGAUGAUUCUAGUGGAAUGGAAGUAGCUGAACACAGCGAGUUACCAGCUGUGUUUGAUAGCCACUUCCAUUUGGACCGUGCCUGUAAGAAGAUAUGGGGUGUUGAAGAGGGGCACACUGUAGAGGACCUUUUGAAACAUAGUGAAUCGGACAAACCAGCUGUUCCUGUUAACGUCAUUGGAGGCAUCAUUGUCUACAGCGAGCCCAACACCUAUCCAGACGUGUCCUUUACUUUAAAUGGACCUUGGAAAGUUGCUGUUGGGGUACACCCAAAACAGCAUAGUACGUUUACUGAGGAAAAAAUAAUGCUUCUUGAGCAAUUACUGUGCCAUCCAAAAGUUGUUGCACUAGGAGAAUGUGGCUUAGAUAGGAGUGUCCCACCAUCUGAGUGGACGCAACAGGAAGAUGUCUUUAUAAAACUUCUGAAACUUGCCAAGCCUUGCAUUCCAAUUGUGUUAUAUCUCAGAGGGCCAGCUGGGGAUAAAUAUGGAUCUGAUGUAAUUGCAAGGUGUAUGAUGCUGAUGGAAGUGCACUGUAGAAAUGCGCAGCGGAUACAUCUUCAUUGCUUCCAAGGAAAGACAGAUGUUGUAAAGGCAUGGCUAAAGAAGUUUCCAAAUACUUGUUUUGGACUAACUGCAUCAGUUCGCACAUUUGAUAGUCAUCAGAUUGCAGGUUUAAAGGCCAUUCCGAGAACAAAUAUUGUGUUGGAAACUGAUGCUCCUUACUUUCCCUUUGGUACAGCAAAAAAGCUUGAACCGUCCUUUACCUUGAUCUAUAAGCCAUCUUCACAAAGUUCCCUCCCUAGCCCAGAUGAACUCAUCCCUUAUAGUAUGAUGCAGUGGAAGAAUAGCCCAAAAGACCCAAGGAUCCCACAGACACUGGAAGGGUUCCGACAGGAAGCCAGUAAGGCGGAGCUAGCUGCCAGAGUCACGGCUAAACCUGAAGUCAGCGACACCCAGGCUGUCACAAACUACACCAUGUUGACAGCUAUUCAGGAUCUCACCAGAAAUGUACAGGCCUUACGGAUGCUGAUGGUCACUAUGGUAAUGCUGCAUUUUGGUUUAUUUAUGGACUUUGACAAAUAACCACUUUCUACAAACACCAAUUCGAAAUUUCCGAACACAAUGAACAACAGAACUUUACGGGAAAAGCUUGACAGUGUGCGAAGUUGUGAUCAUCAAUUUAUGGACAUUAGCUCUGACUUGUGAUACAUGCUAUAAUGAUACAUGUAAUCCCAGUGAUAUGUUGCGUUCUACAUUCAGUGUCGAUAUAUGUAUAGCUUUUUUAACAAUGAUUUCUUUAGAUUAUAUACUUUGAACACAUUUUGCCAUUAUAUUUCUAUUUCAUGAGUGUAGGUUCAUUUUGUGUUGCAAUUAUUGCAGGUAUUGUGUUCCUUUUUUAUUGCAACGUAUGCAUUGGUAUAAACAUUUUUUUUAUUGUUUAA